CAGAGAGAGAGAGAGAGAGAGAGAGUGAGAGAGAUUGACAGCAGAGAGCGGAAUCAGAUUCAGCGUGGAUGGUGCGGGGAUGCGAUGCAACAGUCGUAUUAUUGCUAAUGCAUACAAUUAACGUGGUUAUAUAGGGGCACCGGUAGCUACCGAUGUAGAAGGAUCUGUGUGCCUUUGGCACGGCAGUGUACAUGGGCAGGCAGUACAGGCAACCACCUCAGAGUUUUAAGGAAAGAUAGCACUGCGUGAGGACGAUGACAAAAAGCUAGUACACGGGGUUAAUUUACCAUGCAAUUCAUGCCAAUCAGACCCCUUUCAGCCAAUUAGCCAGUGGCGCAGUGUGGCUCUGACAGAACCGAACCGACUCUACGAGGACAUCUCUUGCCUGUUAACACAUCUAGAUGGUGUUAUCCUAGAACUUACACUAGACGCACACCUUGACGGGUAGAGCUGGAAAACAAUUAACGCGCGGGAUGUUAUUUUACACCUAAUCCCACGCCGUUGUAACAGCCCGUGUGCUUGUUGUUGACAGGCUUCUCUUUACGAGUGCCCCAACCGCAAAUUUACUUGUGCUGUUGAUUGAGUGGAAUUUGUGACAUUAGAUUGAAACAACAGCCCCUGGAAGGACACGGUAUAUAUCUAACCAUACAGUCAUUGAACGAACGCUCUCAGGUACGCUGCACUGACGUCUUUCACAGUAAGUGUGUGAACAGCGUUUUUCUAUACAAACACGCCUGGCAAGUGUUCAGCUGUGUCGUUGAUUGCAGGUGCACUUAGGCGAAGAGCGUAGGUGGAACAGCCGCUCGUAUUGCGAUACUGAGCACAGCGGGAGAAGUGGGACACAUCUCACUUGGCGGACGUAAAGGCUGUCAGCGCGAUUACUGCGGCUAAGCGCGACAACACUAGCUAGAGAAGCGGUGGCUUAUUUGAUGUAAAUAGCCGUUCAAUUGUUCACGUCUGCUAAUUAUCCAGGCUGCCGAUUGUUCAUUUCGAUGCCCAGUGUUAAUGGCAAGUGGACGACGUUUUGAGCACUGCGCACGUGAACGGCUCAGACAGUAAAUAUAUAUUGGUGUAAAGACAUACAGUGCGAUUGUUAAACGAUAUUCAUUUAAUUUCCUCUUUGCUUACACAACUAGUGCACGUGCUUACCUGCUUUGUUGAUUAUUCAUUUUCAAGAACCAAGUUCGAGGCAACAGUGCCCACGUGGAAGUUCAGGGAGUGAAUAUCUAUAUCAAUAUCAAUAUCAGUGCCGAUGCGUGCGUUGCUUUGAUUGUAUUGUCACUGCAUUCGGGCGGCGAAAACGGGUUGGCUUUUCACCUUACAUUGCCUCGAUUACCUGCAUCGCGUGUUUCAGCUUAUGACAGAUUCUGUUAGUAUUUUAUGAUUUAACAUGAACUAUCGACAGACCAGCUGUUGCCAUCAGACCUGAAUAUACUUUGCUGGUUCUCAUGUUUUAAAACAGUCGGAUUCCCAGCGACUUUUGCGAUCGAGUUGUUUGAUAAAAACCAAAGCAAAGGACUCGUACAAUUUAUUACGUUUAUUGAACGCUAUGAUGGCGGACGCUGCACGCCUACAGUUGCCACAGGAUGAAGAGGAACAGAGACCUCGUUCAGGAAGCACCUCCUCGUGUCGCGGCACUGCCGCCGCGGCCGCCGCCACCCGAAAUCGACCCAGGAGAGGGUCUCUCUCCCCCACGCCCGUGAGCGUACCCCCUACAUUCAACACCCACCAGAAACGCUACUCGGUCUGCCUGGAGGUCCCCAGUUUGCACUUUGGAGGAGGAAGUCCUCUGAGAGCGCGUCCCAGAAGUGGCAGCAUCCCGGCCAACGUCCUGCUCGGCCUACCGAACGGAGAGAACCCCUUUCUUAGCGAUGAAGACGCCGCGAUUGUCCGAGUUCGAGAAUUCUCCACCUCUCCGAAGGGUCGAGUCAUAGGGAAAGCCGACGCGUUUAAGAUCAUCUCUCGUAGCAGCCAAAGCGUUUCUUCAGACCGCUCGGGCAGCGGGGAAAUCGACGGGGAGGCUGAGGCGGACUUGGAUGAGUUUAACCGUAACCGUUUGCGUUCCAACAGCCUCAUCUCCACGGGGAGUUACGUCAGUGACGUCGAAAGCAACAGCGACGUUGAGCGAAUUUACAAGGUGGCUAUGCUUGGUGCUGAGAGGGUUGGGAGGACGGCGCUGUUACAGCAGUUUCAGACAUUGGACUAUGUGGAAACGUAUGACACUGACGACCAAGAUGACUGCCAGACGUCUGUGUCAGUGGCACUGGAUGGGGAGGAGUCGGAACUUCUGUUUAUCAGCCCUAAAAGCAGCAACAUAGGCGAACAGGACUCUGAUUGGCCUGUGGACGCUGAGGUGGACGCUUACGUCAUCGUAUACUCCGUCACCGACAAGAACACGUUCCAGUACGCUACCAAGAUCUUGUACAACUUGCGGAAGGUGGCAAAGAAGGACUGUCCCAUCAUUCUCGUUGGCAAUAAGAUCGACCUGGCUAGGAGGCGCAGUUUAUCAACUGAGGAGGCUAAAGAUGUCGCAUGCCAUUACAACUGCAAAUUCAUUGAAACGUCCGCCGUAUUGAAGAUGAACGCAGACGAACUGCUAGUGGGGAUACUAAAGCAAAUCAGACUGUCGGAAACACACCAACCAGAUGACUUCUCAACAGCCCGAAAGAUGUCGCUGCGAAAGUCAAAAUCGCCAGUAAGAACAUUAGCUAAGGAAAUCAUAAAGAAAUUCUCAAGUAAAAGACGGACUUCAAACGCGGCAAAGUCUUGCGAAAAUCUCUUUGUUUUAUAAGGUUUUCAUUCAGCAAGACAUUUUUUCAGGGGUUGCAUAAGUUUGUAAAUUAUGGAUUUGGUGUUGUUGGCUAUAGGAGAGAAUCAGGCAAGAAAAUAUUACAGCACAAAGGGAAACAAUAUACAGUUUAUACAUUGUACAUGUAGCCUUAAGAAAUAAACUGCAUUUUCGCACGUUUUUGCCAUGAGUUCCACGAGACUGAUGGAUAAAGGCAUAUAUAUACAAACCUACCUCCGUUAGGAGUCUGCCAUGUAAUGGAACUUGUCGGAACGGGAAGGAUUUUUUGAAGUAUACAAAAACCGGCUGAUAAGGUGAAAUUAAAGUCCAUUUCACAUUGCAUUUUUUUUGUUGUGAAAGUGAACACUGGCUUUGCUAUAAGCAUUUUCAGUUACAUUGAUAUUUUGCUAGGGUGUCUGUCAUUUUGAUAUGUUAACUGCUGCUUUCAAGAUAAUUGCCAAGUCAGGAACAGUGCCUCUCCUUGACAUUUCACGUCGACGCUCUCUUGUGUACUUUGAUAAUGAUCGAACAGUAGCAUUUUAUUGACAAAUUAUCCAACAGGACUUUUAACAUAAACCCUUCUAUGGAUGGAAAUGCGUCUUAAAUAAUCACAUCUUUUCAUUUUUGAUUUAUUUCUAAUUCACCACCAGAACGAAGCUCUCCCGCGGAAAGGAACGGAGUGAGCUUGUGGUAUUUUUUUACAUACUGCAGUGCCCCAUUUGAUGAUUGUAACGCACUCCUUUAAGUCAUGUUUCCAGUCAUGCUUUGUGGCUUAUUGGGGCUAAUCUUAAAGCUUUGGACUGUGGCCUUAGCUACAAUGGCACCAAAUGGGACAACAGAAGGAUGAUAGCUGAUAUAGUACCGUAUUUGGUUGAUUACUAGAAACGUGACUGCAAAUGCAACCUUGUGUUCUCAUAUAUUAUAAUAUAACACUUUUCACGCUGGUUUCACCGUGAUAGACUGCAAUCGUUUGUUUUGUGCUGCUCUCCCGUUUGUAAAAAUGAGUCAAUAUCUUUAUCUUUUGUACAUAUAGACUGCUUAGCGUUGGCAAAAUCGUCCAUUCCAUUGUUAUUUCCCUUCACGCUGGUGCACAGAUUUGAUACCGAACUAUUGUGAAUAAGCCAAUAUUUGUAACAUUUUCAUUAUACGAAGGCAGAACCAGGGUGACACAGAGGGUCGU